UUCGGGAGAAGGGGGCGGGGCUCAAGCGCAGCGGCCUGAGGAGCGCAAGCGGCCGGGAGCCCUGUCUGUCCGCCCGGACUCCGGACACCGGACACCGCCGUUAUGGAGGCCGGCGCCGCGCUCAUCGCCUGCAUACUCUGCGCAACGUUGCUCAGGUGGAGCGGAGCCACGCUAGAGGAGGCGGCCGUGGCAGAUCUAUGUCGGAUUGAUGAAGCAUCGUGCCAUAUUGAAGAGGAGGUUCUCCGCUUUGAGGCCAUCAUGAGCAUCCAUAAGCAGAUGGACGAUGAUGCCAAUGGAAAUGUCGAUGUGGAGGAGAGUGAUGAGUUCUUGCGAGAAGACCUGAACUACCAGGACGCUGCAGCAAAGCACAGCACCUUCCAUGGUGGAGACAAGCUGAUCAGUGUGGAGGACUUGUGGAAGUCAUGGAAAAGUUCAGAAGUGUUCAACUGGACAGGAGAGGAGGUCAUUGAGUGGCUCAUCAACUACGUGGAGCUGCCACAGUACGAGGAACACUUCAGAAAACUGCGCAUCAAUGGACAUGACAUGCCAAGGUUGGCUGUGAACAAUCUCACCCUGGCCUGUUCUCUGCUGAAAGUGAAUGACCGGAGCCACCGCCAGAAGCUGCAGCUCAAGGCUCUGGACACUGUUCUGUUCGGGCCACCCCUGUUGACACGUCACAACCACCUGAAAGAUUUCAUGCUGGUGGUUUCCAUAGUGAUCGGUGUGGGUGGCUGUUGGUUUGCCUACAUCCAGAACCGUUACUCCAAAGAGCACAUGAAGAAGAUGAUGAAGGACCUGGAAGGGCUGCAGAAAGCAGAGCAGAGUCUGCAUGACUUGCAGGAGAGGCUCCUGAAGGCACAGGAGGAGCACCGGUCAGUGGAGGUGGAGAAGGUGAACCUGGAGCAGAAGCUGCGAGACGAGAUAAACGCAGCGAAGCAGGAAGCCCAGCGAUUGCGUGAGCUGCGUGAGGGCACGGAGAAUGAGCUUAGCCGCCAGAAGUACGCUGAGGAGGAGUUGGAACAGGUGCGCAUGGCGCUGAAGAAAGCGGAGAAGGAGCUGGAAUCGCGUGGGAGCUGGUCCCCGCCAGAUACCCUGCAGAAGUGGCUGCAGCUGACUCACGAAGUAGAAGUGCAGUACUACAAUAUCAAGAAGCAGAGCGCCGAGAGGCAGCUGUAUGUCGCCAAGGAAGGGGCAGAGAAAAUAAAGAAGAAGAGGAACACGUUGUUUGGAACUUUCCAUGUGGCACACAGCUCUUCGCUCGAUGACGUAGAUCACAAAAUCCUGGCUGCAAAGCAGUCUCUGAGUGAGGUUACUGCUGCGCUGCGGGAGCGACUCCAUCGCUGGCAACAGAUCGAGGUGCUCUGCAAGUUUCAAAUUGUCAACAAUCCUGGCAUCAGUGCUCUCCACUCGUUACUGAACAUGGAUCCCAGCUGGCUUGGACAGAGCAGGUCCACACCAACACAUUUCAUUCUGACUGAUGACCUGGAUGACAUGGAAGAGGAGCUGGUCACCCCUGUCACACUCCAAUAUAUGGCAUGGUUAAUGGAUCACAGAGCCACUGAUCGCUCCAGGACACCCCUGGACAAUCUGUCAACAUGGAGUUCCACUGCGUCCCUGAGUGUGCACCCAUCUGUGCGCCAACGCCAGGUUGACCCCCAGCAUGCUGCUGGCUCACAGAGGGAUUUAAACCAUUCCGAUUCAGAGUCUUCCAUUUCUCAGUGCAGUGAUCUGCAGCGCCUUCCUGCUUCGUCGGGCUCUCCAGGCAGCCUGCCACACAGCUCCGGGUCACGGUCAAUGCUGUCCAAGCCUUCCUGCCUGCUGAAACUGACGGAGGAGAUCGCCCCUUCACCGAGCACGGCCUUGGACUUAAAUACCCCCAGCCCGAAUGGCAGCAGCAAGCAGGGUGACUCACUCAGCAGCAUGUACUCCGAGGGCAUCUCGGACAGUCCCGUGGGCAGCCGGCCGCCCUACUCCGGCCGAGGUCUGGAGAAGUCAGCCAGCCUGGGUGAGAUCCACCGGGGGACCGAGGGGUCGGCCAUCAGCCCGUCCGAGUCAUCGCGCUCCCUCAGCCCCAGCUCCACUGAGCCUGAGGCCCCGGCUGCCGACGGCAGGAACGGAGCCAAGAUCACCAAGAUCCCGCAGCUGGCCUCCAGAAAAUCCCCGAUGGAGGAGGACAGUACAUCGACCGGCGAGGAAACGGAGCCCAACCCCGGCAAGAAGAAGCCCGGCUUCAAACUCUUCAAGAAGAAGAACAAAUAGACCAGGACGGGCGGGGAAGGCGUGGUGAGCCAGCCGAAUCUGAACUGGGAGAGGCCCCACCCAGGCCCUGGCCAAAGUGAUUUGUUAGCGGCCUCUGUUCCCAGGGAGUGGAUUUUAUUUAAUCUUAUUUAUUUUACAGACUGGUGUUCCUAUUCCGGUGGCUAGAGCAGUGAGGGCUUCGUGCUGUGUGGGCCCUCCCACCCUCUCCCCAAUCUUGCUGCAUGCAGUGCUAGUGUCCAUCCCCUCCGCGCCCCCAAAGCCUGAGCUGCAUCAGACCAGUAAUGCACGUGCAAGCUUCCGCAAAAAAACAAAAGCAAAAAACACCCCUCUGGGAGCUUUGACUAACAUUUGAAGAUGAGUAACCAAGGGAGAAGCGUUUCAGACUAGCCUGGCAGCUUGCUUACCUGUCCUCCGUGGGACAUGCCGGUUGGGGGGGUGAUCUGCCCUACUCAAUCCUCAGCUUUGUUCACUGAAGUUGCAGAUUGAUGAGCAGUGCUGGAGGCUGCAAAACCCCCAUGCUCAUACCUCCUCAGGCUGUACUGAAUCCAGAUCAAGGGUAGGACCCAUUGGCUCACCCAGCCAUCACCA